AGAGUUGAUGAGGCGGAUAAAGGAAAAGGAUGACAUUAUUUUGGAUUUGGAAGAAAAGUUACAGCAGAAAGCCGACAUGGUUGAUGGACUAAAUGAACAGAAACAGACACUUGAGAACCAGAAAGCUCAACUGGUGGAAAAGUUAAAGAGGAAUGCCGACAUGGUUGAUGGACUAAAGGAACAGAAACAGACACUUGAGAAGCUGAAAGAUCAAAUGAAGGUGCAACUGAAGGAGGUGGAGAAAAAGAAGGAGGAGAACAAGCAGAAACUUCUGUCAGUGGAGAACAAAAUAACUGAGGCUGAGAAUAAAAAGACUGAUAAAGGGGGAUUGUUAACAGAAAAAGAAAAUCUAACUGAAGUCAAAUGGAAACUAGACGAACAAAAGACAAACUGGGAGAAACUAAUUCUGAAUGUGGAGCAGAUGCUGCAGAAAAUAGAUGUUUUAGUCAGUAGUGCCCAAGUACAAGAAACUACAGGAUACGACAAUCAAGGGUUUGAGCUGGUGGAUGAGCGAAGAACAGAGUAUAGCAAAUAA